AUGCCACUCACGCUCGAGCGGCUUCGCGAGCUGCAGUCCGAGUGCCUCGCGGACGACCUCGAGCUGCCGGCCGAGGCGGUGGCGUGGAUCGAGUCCGAGGCGCGCGCCUACUUUGAGUCGGGAGGCGUCGAGCUGCCGCGGCCGCGAGGGCUUGAGUCGGCAGAGAUCCACGCGUUCUACGACAUGCGGCGCGAGGAGGCGCGCUCCUCCUCGGCCGCGCUCCUGCGGGAGACGCUCGGAAGCGCAGAGGUUUGGCCUCAGCUCGCAGCGGCGCUGCGGGCGAGAGGCGACGCGGCGAGCGCCAGCGCCCUCGCGGCUUGGAGUAGGGAGGAGCCACAGGCGUUGCUGGCAGAGCUGGCGUCGCUGGGUCUCAAAAUGGGGCAUCGGCAGCGGCUGUUGCUCGUGCUUCAACAUCGGCAUAUGCGCGUUUGCUAUUCGAAAAAAUACCGCGACUUACUCGCCAAGCCGCCAGACGCCAGCACGCAGCAGUGGCGGGUGGCGCUACAAGGCGCCUUGGCAGCUGUAGACUUGUGUAUAGAGUUACUGACGUAG